AUGGCAAUUUUGACAGACGAACUUAUUUUGAAUAAAUCGAGUGCAAAAUCUGUUGUUGAAGUGCGCAACUUAAAUCUUUGGGGUUGUGAACUAGAUGACGUUAGUGUAUUAAAAAAUUGUAGUAGCUUAGAGAUACUGAGUUUGAGUGUAAAUAACCUCACUUCUCUGGAACAACUUUCGGAAUGCAAAACUCUAAAAGAACUUUAUUUACGGAAAAAUUAUAUCAAUGACUCUGAACAAGUAAAACACCUUACUUCAUUAAGAAAUUUAGAGGUACUUUGGUUAUGUGAUAAUCCAUGUGCCGAGGAUGAAAAGAAAUAUCGAAAUAUAGUUCUGAGGUAUUUGCCUUGGUUAAAAAAAUUAGAUCAUCACGAGGUUACUGAUGAAGAAGUCCUUGCUUCUAUGUGUAGUUUACCAGCUUCAAUGCCUAAUAAAGUUCGUAAAAGAUUGAAUCCUAGUAAAAUGUCUUCAAAUAAUGAAGGAUCGGAUGGAAUUGAUUCCUUAUCAAGAUCUCCAGAAAUUAAGACACCCAAACCCAUUAGAGCAAAUUCGAAUGGCCUUUUAUCUUCCCAUGGUAUUGAACAAAGUAGCCCACGGGUACGUUCACCUGCUAUAAAUUCAAAUCGAACACCAUCACGUACACCUACUCCUUCACAAGAAAGUGGUGUCAAGUUGGUAAAAUCAAGGUCAAAUAAUGGAACCUCAAAGACGAUCGGAAAUGGUAAUUUUCAACCAAAGUUAUCCGGCAAGUCAUUAUCUGCCCCUUUGAGCAGAACUCAAUCUCGAACUCCACCAAAUAAUAAUAUUAACGAGGAUGUCACAUCACGACAGUCGAAUGUGCUCACUGCUGUUCUUGCGUUGAUCGAAGAACUUGAAGAAAAAGAUUUGCAUACUGUGCAAAGAAAAUUACAAUUGACCAUGUUAAAUCGGUGCGGAAAACCCGGAAAAAAAUAA